UGUCCGAACUCAGGUGAGUCACGGAGUGCAGAGGGGGCGUAACCGGUAGUAGACGUCGAACAACGACCGUGUCGGCUCGCAACGCGUCCAAGUCGAACCAACACCAUCCCCGAGUUUGCCAAAGAGCGAAAAGAGUUGACUUUGUGGGCAUUCCGAUCCCCUCCGGCACCCUCGGCUGAAGCGUUUUUCGACCCACUUUCCUGAACCAGCGUCAUUUGACAAGCGCCGUCGGGAAGCGUUGGGACGGCGUUCGGAGUCGCGGUCAUCCCAGAGAGCGCCAUGGCGGCCUCGGGUCUGAUCCAGGACGACGACGACGACCACAUCCGCCCCCACGUGGAAGUGAGCGUCACGGCAACGGCGCCCUCCUCGCCCGCUCGCCCGGACGGCAGCCCCGCGUCCCCGCCCGCGGCCGACGCCCCGGACGGCAGGAGCAAGCGCAGCAAAAUGAGCGGUCUCCUCCAGCAGAACCAGCUGGUCCAAAGCCUGAGCAGCGGCCUCAAGCGCCACUGCGACUACGUCAAGAUCUCCAUGCGUGAGGAGCGCGCCGACCGCCUCCCCAAGGAAUGGUGGAAGACGGGCGUGGCCUUCCUCUACGCCGUCUUCAACUUGAUCUUCACCACCGUGGUCAUCACCAUCGUGCACGAGAGGGUGCCCGACAAGUCCGUGAGCCCGCCGCUGCCCGACAAGUUCUUUGACUACGUGGGCCGCGUUCCCUGGGCCUUCACCGUCACCGAGGUCAACGGGCUGAUCCUGGUGGGACUCUGGCUGGUCCAGUGGCUGCUCCUCAAGCACAGAGCCAUUGUGGGACGCCGCUGCUUCUUCCUCAUCGGAACACUCUACAUGUACCGCUGCAUCACCAUGUACAUCACCACCCUGCCCGUGCCGGGCCAACACAUGGUGUGCGCGCCCAAGCUGUACGAUGACUCGACAGGGAAGAUCUGGAGGAUUGUGCGGCUCAUCUCCGGAGGAGGCUUAUCUCUGACCGGCUCCCACAUGAUGUGCGGCGACUUCCUGUACAGCGGCCACACGGUUAUGUUGACCCUGUCCUACCUCUUCAUCAAAGAGUAUUCUCCUCGCUGGAUGUGCUGGUACCAGUGGAUCUGCUGGCUGCUCAGCGCUUCGGGCGUGCUCUGCAUCCUGGUGGGGCACGAGCACUACAGCAUCGACGUCCUGGUGGGAUACUUUGUCACCACCAGGCUCUUCUGGUGGUACCACACCAUGGCCAACACGCACGCUCUCCGUCGGGCGCCCAACAACUUCCUGUCACGCACGUGGUGGAACCCCGUGUUCAACUUCCUGGAGCGAAACGUCCAGACGAACGUGCCCGUGGUCUUCUCGUGGCCGUUGACGCUGCCGUCCUCGUGCCGACAGCGCUACCGCAUGGUGGAGGGCGGGAGGGACGAGUGAGGCGGCGGCGGCGCCCCCCGGUCACGCUCAAAACGCUUCUUUUUGUGGCUUCGGCUGACGGGCGAGGCGCCAACAAAGAGUCACCCACUCACUCAAUCAACGUUGGACAGACUUGAAAAGCACACUGGUCCCGCCACGAGUUUCAAGAGCACAAAGCUUGCAGAGCUCAGCGCAACCUCCUCCUCGCUCUUUCCCGCCGACGGCUUCAUGACGUCGGACGUGCGGUUUGUCUUGGCUUAGCUCUUAGCGUUUUGAUGGCCGCGCCAUCCGUCGUCCGGACUGCCGGCGAGUUGGCUCGAUCAAGUCCGGCGCUUCUCUCCUUUACUGGACGACAAACCUUGCCGCGCAAUCUCUCCAUUUGUUCGCUUCCCCUCUUCGGCUCCCGAAUGAAACGUGUUGCUGUUUCAUGUUGUGAUCGGAAAGACAAUGAGCUCACACACGGUUGGGCGUCAAUAAAGCCCGAGACAUGGAUAUCGCUCUGUCGGGAGCUUUUAUUCAACAAGCCACGGCGCUUCGCCGGGUUCCACAAUCGACAGCCGCUCUCGGUUGUUGCGCUUUCUCUUCUCUUCAUGAAACAUUUGUCUGAGAGAAACUUAACAGCUUUUUGUUUGCUUGCAAGGAAGCCCCACGGCAGCAUUCACUCCCC